GGGGACUUCGGCGGCGGCGGCGGCGCCUCAGGCACUUCGGCCCUGACACAAUGAGGCGAGUGGUACGACAGAGCAAGUUUCGGCAUGUAUUUGGACAAGCGGUGAAAAAUGACCAGUGUUACGAUGACAUCCGGGUUUCUCGAGUGACCUGGGAUAGUUCCUUUUGCGCUGUCAAUCCCCGGUUUGUUGCCAUAAUCAUAGAAGCGAGUGGGGGCGGGGCGUUCCUUGUGCUCCCUCUGCACAAGACUGGUCGAAUCGACAAAUCCUACCCCACGGUAUGUGGCCACACGGGACCGGUGCUCGACAUAGACUGGUGCCCGCACAGCGAUCAGGUCAUCGCCAGCGGCUCCGAAGACUGCACGGUCAUGGUGUGGCAGAUCCCAGAAAAUGGACUCACCCUCUCCCUGACCGAACCUGUGGUGAUUUUAGAGGGCCACUCAAAGAGAGUUGGCAUCGUGGCCUGGCACCCGACUGCCCGCAACGUCCUUCUUAGUGCAGGCUGUGAUAAUGCCAUCAUCAUCUGGAAUGUGGGCACGGGGGAAGCCCUCAUAAACCUGGACGAUAUGCACUCGGACAUGAUUUACAACGUGAGCUGGAACAGGAACGGCAGUCUGAUCUGCACCGCUUCCAAGGACAAGAAAGUGAGAGUGAUCGACCCUAGGAAACAGGAGAUUGUGGCUGAGAAGGAGAAAGCGCACGAAGGAGCAAGACCCAUGAGAGCCAUUUUUCUGGCUGACGGGAAUGUCUUCACCACUGGCUUCAGCCGCAUGAGUGAGCGGCAGCUGGCUCUCUGGAAUCCGAAAAACAUGCAGGAACCAAUCGCCCUCCAUGAAAUGGACACUAGCAACGGGGUGCUGCUGCCCUUCUAUGACCCCGACACCAGCAUCAUUUACUUAUGUGGAAAGGGGGACAGCAGUAUCCGCUAUUUUGAGAUCACAGAUGAAUCCCCGUAUGUCCACUACCUCAACACAUUCAGCAGCAAGGAGCCUCAGAGAGGGAUGGGCUACAUGCCCAAGAGGGGACUGGACGUUAACAAAUGUGAGAUUGCCAGAUUCUUCAAACUUCAUGAGAGAAAGUGUGAGCCUAUUAUCAUGACUGUUCCAAGGAAGUCGGACCUCUUCCAGGAUGACCUGUACCCCGACACGGCGGGGCCCGAGGCGGCGCUGGAGGCAGAGGAGUGGUUUGAGGGGAAGAACGCAGACCCAGUCCUCAUCUCCUUGAAGCACGGGUACAUUCCUGGCAAAAACAGGGAUCUCAAAGUGGUCAAGAAGAACAUUCUGGAUAGCAAGCCCACUGCAAAUAAGAAGUGUGACCUGAUCAACGUCCCCAAGAAAACCCCGGACCCGGCCAGUGUGCAAAACGAAGCCAAGCUGGAUGAGAUUUUAAAAGAGAUCAAAUCUAUAAAAGACACAAUCUGCAACCAAGACGAGCGCAUUUCCAAGCUAGAACAGCAGAUGGCGAAGAUCGCCGCCUGAAGGCCCACACCCCAGCCCCACAGGGAGCCGGAGCUGGCGCGUCGCGGUUGUGGGCGUGGUCCCGCGGUUGUGGGCGUGGUCCCAGGGAGGGCGGAAGGGAGGUGCUGCCGCGGGGACCUUCCUUGUCAGCCCGGUGGACCAGCGAUGGGCCGCAUUCCAGUCAGAACUCAAUUCGUUUCCCAAAUUUGCAGAAACAAAAUGUGAUUUAAAAGCUGAGCUUUUUAUCGGAAAGCUUUUUUGAUGUUUUAAGUGUUCUGUGACUUGUCGAACUUUUAAAAGACAAAAAGUGCUACUUUUAAAAGCCCAGAUAUUCUGAAUUUUAGAAAACCGACCAUUUCUGAUUCAGUGUUGUGCCCAAGUAUCUUUUUUUUUUUUUUAUAAACAGGGACCAAUGCCACAUUGCUUUUUAUAUUUCUUUUCUUUUUUUUUUUUAAUGUUGCCAAAACCAAAAGUAGCUGCUGGCCCCCAGCCCUUGCAUUUUGCUACUUUGCAGUAUUUCUGUGUGGUUUGUUUUUUUUUUUUUCCUUCUUGAUUUGAAAGGGACAGCACUGUGUACGUUUAUAAACUAAAUGAAGAUAAGAUAUUAUUUUGUAUACACGUUCACCCAAGAACAAUUGGCGCGCAGCCGUGUGGCGCUGGCGCGUUCGCACCACACACCGUCCUCCUCACGACUCUGCAGAAGGACGACUUGAAGAAUCACGUGGGUUCGCGUUACCACCACCCCUCUCCUUUCAUGGAGUCUUCUGAUCAAAAAAAGCUCCUAUUGUAUCGUCUCCUGUCUUCCCUGUCUCUUUUCUAGAAGCUGGGUGGUUGUACCAGAAUGGAAUCUCACUUCCUGGUUGUCCUGUGCUUCAGAUGAUUAUAAUCUAGCCCGAACUCGCGUGUGUUUCCGCAGUUUUGUUAUCCAUGUAGAGUCUAUUGCAUUGAUCGCCCUAAACAUCAUGUUUCAGGUUUGGUUGAUACUUGAUAAGGGUGCCCGGGGUGAGGGGCCACAGAAGCUCCUCCUUGCCCGUUUCUGCAGCCUGCCUUGCUCUCAGGUGCGGUAGAGAACUGUAGGCCGAGGGCCCCUGCCGGGUGGCGGGGGGUGGGGGUGGGGGAGCGGGCCCCCGGUGACCCUCUGCCCUCCCAGCACAUCGUUUGCCAUCCCUGUGCUACCCUGGAGGCAGAAGCGGUUGUCUCUGCGCCGCCAGGGCCCCUGCCCUCCCCUCCGUGUCACGAGCGCAGCCGCCUCUCUCAGGGCUCCCCCGGUCGUCCUGUCUUUCCUGCCGCUCAGCCCUCUCCAGUCAGCUGGGAUGAGCCCAGAGGGUGCUAUUGACCAUUGAGACUGAGAACAGUCCAGAGUGAAGCAAGACCAGGAGGGCGGGCCUCUGCCGUAGCUUUAAUGGGUACAAACUCAUCCCUUUGCACCCUCCACACAAACCAACCUGCUCUGCCCUCCCCCAGCCCCCCGCUCACACAGAGGCCGUGUCAGAGCACGGAGGUCCCUCAAAUUCGGGGGCCAGCGACUGAGCUCUGAUUCUAGAUCAGCCAGAAUGUCUCCAUUCCCAUGUUCUCACUUUGCAUGCUUGAGGCACAAGAUUUAAAGAAUCUCUGGGAAGGACUGAGUGUCUGUGGUUGAGCAUGAAACGUGGAGUGCCACUGAGACCACCCGGGGGCUCACGCGCAUGCUCCUGCCCGUGUGGGCACGGGACAGGCUGGGAGCGUCUGCAGCAGGGAGCCAGGAUGGAGGCGGAGCUGGCGACGCUGGGUUGGACCGCGCCGUUGAGCUGGGGCUAAUGUCUGCAUAGGAAAGGUACCAUGUUUCUACCCAGAAUUGGGAUCGCUGUCUCCACAAUAUCAGGGCAUCUGAAUGUUUGGUGUGGUUGUGUGUGUGUGCGUGUGUAAUACUGGAGUGGAUAAUGAGAUGUAAAGAAAACAUAAUUACAGUGACUUCUAUUCAAACCUGUACAUGUUUCUUUAUCAACCUAAUCUGCUGAGGACCUUCAUUUUUAAAAUUCAGAAAUGUGUUAAGGUUCUGAAAAGUUAAUUAAGCAAACAAGAUUGCUGAUGGUGGUGGACCCUUAGGGAAUGUGUUUCAAAGAGGGCGAGGAAAAAUUACCCUGAUUUUAGUGAUUUUAGCUUAUGACUUAUUUAACGAAUGGAUGCCCGGCCAGGCCCAAAGUCGGUGCCUGAAGCUUUGUGGAUUAUAUUUCCUGUUUUUUCUUUUUCUUUUCUUUUUCUUGUUUCUUCUUUUUAAAGCCGUGCUAUCCCAGAGGAGAACCAGUGACUUACUCCUAGAUCAGCUCUCAUAGAGCGCCCAUAGCAUUCUGUCAAAACACUUGCUUCCAUUUUCAAAGAUAAAAAAAACAUUGAUUACAAA